AUGCAGUUCUUUAACACCGUCGCCCUGGCCUCCAGCCUCAUCAGUGCCGUCAAUGCCAUCGCCGCCCCGGCUCCCUCCCCGACCAAGUGCAAUGCCGACAACUGCCUGCGCCAGGUCAGGGCUUCAGCCUUCCCUACGCGCUCCGGCACCGCAGACUGCCAGGCCUUCCAGACCGUCACCUCGACAGUCGUCACGACCACCACCGUAGCUGCCGCUGCCGCUGCCGCCGGUAAGGUCAAGCGCGCCGUCGUCGACCCCAAUAUCAUGAUUACGCAACUUGCUAAGCGCGCCGCUCCUGCAAUCCCCACGUACGCCUCCGGCUGCUCUAACUCGGCCCAGUACGCCUCGGCCUGCUCUUGUGCCGGCGUCACUGCUUCGACCAAGACGGUCACCUCAACAGUUACCUCGACCUCUACCCCCGCCGCCGCCUGCCCUACCGGCACCUACGCCAUCCAGCAGCAGGGCAGCGCUGACGGCAACAUGAAUUACGGUGUCCUCGCAGAAGACACUUACAUCAGCGGCAACUCCUUCUGGGUCGACUUUACCCAGACCGUCGACCUCGCUGGCGCCUCCAAGUUUGACUUCGUCGCCGACUCAGCCAACCCUACCUUGUGCCGCCUUCGAUCAGUCACUAUUAGUUCUGCCAUCAGUCUCGUCACCGACCCCAACGGCCGAUUCAACCCUGCCCAUUUGUUCCGUAUCUCUGACCCAGCCGUAGUCAGUGCCAGUCGUUUCAGGAUGAGCCCCGUCUAUUGUGUUAAGGGCGCAGCCAACAAGCUCCAGUGCACCGCCGUCGAUUCUGCGGGCGUUGCUGCGCCCGAAAAUACCCUUUAUAACGACAUUGGCUUUCUCCGCAUUGGUACUGCUGAUCAGGCAACCUCGCAGUACUAUAUCCUCGUCACCGCUUAA